UAAUCCCAUAAACUACCCAUUCUCUUUUUCUAUAUAUAUGUCCUUCAUUCCAUACCUCCAUCUCAAAACACACACACACAGAAAUGGAUUUCCUAAUGUUCUUUCUCAAAUUAGCAGAGUGGUUAGUAUACCAACUGCUAGCAAAUUCAUGUUACAGAGCUGCAAUGAAGGUGAAAAACCAUGGCUUUUUCUUGUUAAGAAACCACCCAUCUCACAAAUCACCACACCAUGAUCAGCUUCCACUGUUCCCUACCUUCACAAAAUGUUCCCUGAACAAAGAUCAAGAAACCCUAGUUUGUGAUAUCCAAAACACCCUAUUAUUAAACUCAACAUCUUUCUUUCCAUACUUCAUGUUGGUUGCUUUUGAAGGUGGUAGCAUACUUAGGGCAUUCUUGUUAUUGUUAUCCUACCCUUUGUUACUUGUUCUUGAUCAUGAGGUAGGUUUAAAGUUGAUGAUCUUCAUCACCUUUUGUGGGCUUAAAGUAAAGGAUAUGAAGAAUGUGGGGAGGGCAGUUAUGCCCAAGUUUUACCUUGAGAACUUGAACCUUCAAGUUUAUGAGUUGCUUGCAUCUGCAAGAAGUUAUGGGAUCAAGGUUUUGGUCUUUACAAGGGUGCCUAGAGUGAUGGUUGAAGGGUUUUGUAAGGAGUAUUUGAAUGUUGAUGAUGUGAUGGGGACUGAGUUGCAUAGUUUUGGGGGGUAUUUUAGUGGUUUUGUGUCAAGUGCAGGUGUGCUUCACAAGCAUAAAGCAGUAAAAGAAUGGUUUGGAAAUGAGAAACAACCGGAUGUUGGUAUUGGAAGUUAUGGUCUUCAUGAUCAACUGUUGAUCUCCCAGUGCAAGGAAGGUUAUGUGGUGAGCAAAGAAGAUGGAAAAAGGAGUGCAAGAACAAUAAUGCCACGAGACAAGUACCCAAAACCUUUAGUCUUCCAUGAUGGAAGGCUAGCAUUCUUCCCCACACCAUUGGCAACAUUAUGCAUGUUUCUAUGGUUUCCUCUUGGUGUUUUGCUAGCAAUUAUCCGGCUUUGUGUGGGCAUAUUCUUGCCUUACCCAAUGUCACGUAUCCUAGGCGGCCUAACCGGCGUAAACAUAACAAUAGAAGGUUGUGAUUACUCAUGGGAGAACAAAAACAAACAAACGGGUGUCCUCUUUGUUUGCACACAUCGAACCCUUUUGGACCCUGUCUUCCUAACCAUGACCAUUGGUAAGCCACUUACCGCGGUUACAUAUAGUCUAAGCAAGAUGUCCGAAAUGAUUUCGCCUAUAAAAACAGUGAGAUUAACGCGGGACAGGAAGCAAGAUGGUGAAACUAUGCACGAGUUACUAAGUGAAGGGGAUUUGGUUGUUUGUCCUGAAGGGACUACUUGUAGGGAGCCUUAUUUGUUGAGGUUUAGCUCGUUGUUUGCAGAGUUAACCGAUGAGAUUGUACCCGUUGCAAUGAACACACAUGUGACCAUGUUUUAUGGCACGACGGCUAGCGGGCUCAAGUGUUUGGACCCUAUUUACUUCCUGAUGAACCCUAGACCAAGUUACCAUGUUAAAGUGCUGGGAAAAUUGACUAAGGAGCUCACUUGUGCUGGUGGCAAGUCUAGCCAUGAUGUGGCUAACUAUAUUCAGAAAAAACUUGGGGAUGCUUUGGGUUUUGAGUGCACAAAUCUUACUAGAAAGGAUAAGUAUUUGAUGUUGGCCGGGAAUCAAGGGAUAGUUGAGGAACAUGGGAAAAGUAAAAAGAUUAUAUCUUAGUGUGUUAGUAUAUUCAAGAUUACCAAGGCGAGAGUUCAAGUCUUUUGAUGUUUACAUUAAUUAUUGUUUUGGAUAUAUUAGAAAUAGUUAAUAUUUUUAUGCUUAACAUUUAGUGUUUUGUAAAUUUGAUUUCUAUCGGUUUUAUUAUCUUUUAAGUACUUU